AUGCUCCACCUUAACAAGGAAGGCGACGCCGACCUUACCCUCGCAUCAAAGAAAGAGGAAAUCAUCUGGAAAGUGUUGGUUCUAGACUCCAAGUCCCAAGCAGUGUUAUCCUCCGUGCUACGCGUCAACGACCUUCUCCGGUGCGGCAUCACCGUGCAUACGGUCAUCAAUUCUCGGAGACUGCCGCUUCCAGAUGUGCCGGUUAUAUAUUUCGUGGAACCCACGGUAGAAAAUAUUCGAGUGAUUAUUGACGAUCUCGCAGCAGAAAAAUAUGACAAGUUUUACAUCAAUUUCACUUUUUCCAUUAAUCGUGAAUUACUCGAGGAUUUUGCAAAGAAAGUGAGCCUUACAGGGAAAGCAUCAAAGAUUAAACAAGUAUAUGAUCAAUAUCUCGAUUUCAUAGUCACAGAACCUAAUUUGUUCCUGUUGGACGUUCCUCGUGUUUUUUCAACUUUCAACAAUCCAGCUACAAAAGAGGACGAUAUUCAUUCACUCGCGGGAAAAAUCGCCGACGGAAUCCUUUCCACCAUCAUUGCCACCGCCUCGGUUCCCAUCAUUAGAUGUCCUCGUAAUGGUGCUGCCGAACUUGUUGCCACCCAAUUGGACCUCAAACUCAGAGAUUAUUUGAGUAAUACUCGUAAUUUGAUCAACCAACUGGUCCAACAACGGCCAGUCUUGGUGAUUUUGGACCGUUCAAUCGACCUCUCGGCAAUGUUGUCGCAUUCUUGGAUCUACCAGUGUAUGGUGAGCGAUGUGUUUGAGCUCAAAAGGAACACCAUUCGUCUCGUUAAGUUUGCCGAUGACAAGGAAACCGUGAAAAAUUACGAUAUCGACCCAAAAGAUUUCUUUUGGUCUAAAAACUCGGCUCUUCCGUUUCCCGAUGUGGUUGAAAAUGCCGAUAUAGAGCUCAAUGCCUAUAAGAAGGAUGCCCAGGACCUCACCAACAAGACAGGAAUCACAUCGUUCAGCGAUAUCGAUCCAAACUCAACAGAUACCCUGCAUAUCCAACAAGCGGUGGAUGCAUUGCCGGAAUUGACCGCACGAAAGGCCACUCUCGAUAUGCACAUGGAUGUGUUGGCGACGCUUUUGAAGGAACUUGAAGCCAAAUCGCUUGAUAAGUUUUUCGAGAUUGAGCAAAAUUGCCACGAUCCAAAAAUUCAGAACCAGUUUCUCGAGUUGAUGAACACAGACGCCAAGCGCGACAACUCCACCGACAAAUUGCGUACGUUCUUGAUUCUUGUGCUUACGUUGGAUCUUCCAGACUCGUUCGUUGCUAACGUUCAACUGAUUCUCAAGGAAAAGUAUCCCACCAUCGAUCUUGCGGCGCUCGAAUAUGUGAAGGGUCUUAAACAGCGGAUGAAGUUAUCCAAUAUCUCCACAUUAACAGAGAAUAGUGGUCAGAGGUCGUCGUCCGUGGAUGUAUCCAAGAACAACUCAGCUCUUUUCAACGGAUUGUCUUCCAAACUUUAUGGGCUUGCAGACGGCCGACUCACCGAAGGACUUAGUUCCUUAGCUUCUGGGCUCAAAAAGUUUUUGCCUGCUAAAACCCAGCUUCCCAUCACCAACAUUGUCGAGGCAAUCAUGGACCCAAACAGUGCUUCUACAGCGCUGGUUCAAGUCACCGACGACUACCUCUAUUUAGACCCCAAACUGCGUGGAGGACACUCGAAGCCGCCCAAGCGUCAAACUUACCUGGAAGCCCAGGUUUUCGUGGUGGGUGGAGGCAGCUACCUCGAGUACCAAAAUCUUCAAGAAUGGUGCCAUAUGCCCAAUAAGCCUGUGCGGCGAGUCACAUACGGUAGCACCGAUGUCAUGACGGCCACCGAGUUUUUGCAGGAGUGUGGGGAUUUAGGACGUCUUGGUUAA